AUGGUACCACUUAACACAUCUCGUCCAUCUUCCAUGACUUUUCUGCUGUUGGGCAUCCCAGGACUAGAGCACCUGCAUGUCUGGAUUGGAAUUCCCUUCUGUUCCAUGUACAUCGUGGCUGUGGUGGGAAAUGUGACCAUCCUGGCUGUGGUGAGAACAGAGCGAAGCCUCCACGAGCCAAUGUUUCUCUUUCUGUGCAUGCUGUCAGUCACUGACCUGGUCCUCUCCACCUCUACAAUGCCCCGUAUGCUCUGUCUCUUCUGGCUUGGAGCCCAUGAUAUUGUCUUUGAUGCUUGCUUAACCCAAAUGUUCUUCAUCCAUAGCUUUACUGCCAUGGAAUCCGGCUUCUUCUUGGCCAUGGCUAUUGAUCGUUACGUGGCCAUCUGUAAUCCCCUGCGCCAUGCCACCAUUCUCACACACACUCGCAUUGCCAAAAUGGGAGCUGCCGUGGUCCUCCGGGGCGUGACCUUCUUUUCCCCUCAUCCCAUUCUGCUCAGGCAGUUACCCUAUUGCAGAACUCGAAUCAUUGCCCACACUUACUGUGAAUUCAUGGCUGUGGUGAAGCUGGCAUGUGUGGACACAGGAGCUACCAAGCGUUAUAGCCUCAGUGUAGCCUCUGUCAUUGGUUCCUGUGAUGGCUUUUUCAUCGCUGUCUCUUAUGUCCUAAUCCUCCGUGCAGUCUUUCGUCUCCCAUCACGAGAAGCUAGCCUGAAAGCCCUGGGCACGUGUGGCUCUCAUGUCUGUGUUAUCCUUGUUUUCUACUCCACAGCUGUCUUUACCUUCCUCACCCAUCGUUUUGGCCACAACAUAGCUCCCCAAAUCCAUAUCUUUAUUGCCAAUAUGUACCUUUUGGUACCUCCUUUUCUAAAUCCUAUUGCUUAUGGGAUUAGGACCAAGAAAAUUCGAGAUCAUGUACUUAGUUCUCUAAGAUUAAAAGUCUCCUGA